AUGUCGGCAGGGAUUCAUGGAGAUGGUUCCUGUACGGGUAGAUCUUCUGGAAACUAUAAUUUAACUCAUACUGGCGGUCCUGCUGUUCGUAGGUCCUUCGUUAUAGUGAAACCAGAAUCUUACCUUGGUCGGUCAUACGUUGGAAGUUUCACUAACGGUUCACAUGUUGGUAAAGAUGGGAGAAGAGUAAGCGAGUCCGGGUUAUAUAGGGAAUAUGCCAUAGCCCCGAGCUCUGUACACGAUGGUAUUAGCCUUUGUAGGCAAACAGCCGAGUUAAAUCAUUAUUUUAGUGAAUAUGAAGCGGAGAGUGACGAUGCUGAGCAACACCUUUCUAUAGAAGGAGAAGAGGAUUUAGAGGAUGCUUUAGCGAUGAUGGUAAUUGAAGAGGAUGAUGAACAGUACAUGAACCCUUAUUAUACAGAAGAACCCUUGGAACAGCAGUAUGUAGAAACAGUGGAUGAAGCCGGAAGGCCGAUCCAAAUACCGCUGAGUAAUAUAUCACAAGAACCGGGUAGUUAUGGGGCCAUUGAUUAUGAGGCGUAUUAUGCACAAAACUCACAGGAUGAUUAUGACGAGUUUGAUGGUGGUUCUACUUGCCAGGGCUUAUUUCAGAUUUUGGGUUGUAUCCCGGCCGUUAUUCUAGGCCUUUUAAUGAAUGUUUUAGACGCAUUGUCAUACGGUAUGAUAAUAUUUCCAAUUUCAGAACCAGUAUUUUCGCAACUAGGACCUACCGGUCUAUCACUUUUCUAUGUGUCAACUGUAGUGUCGCAAUUGGUCUUCUCUGGGGGAACUUCCAAGUUCAAAACCGGAAUUGGUUCUGAAAUGAUAGAAGUAACUCCAUUUUUCCAUACUAUGGCAUUGUCAAUUUUGAAUAGCUUACCUGAGGGAAACGAUGAGGUAGUUAUUACGACGACUCUAGUCUGCUAUGCUAUUUCUACUAUUAUAAUUGGUUUAACUUUCCUCUUACUUGGAAAGCUGAAUCUUGGGAAAUUGGUCGGGUUUUUUCCUCGCCAUAUUUUAAUUGGAUGCAUAGGCGGUGUUGCAUAUUUCUUGAUCAUAACUGGGAUUGAGGUAACCACAAGAGUAGAAAGCUUUGAAUAUUCUUGGGUCUUCUUCCAUCGUUUGUUUAAUAGGGAUGACCUUUUUGCCAAGUGGGCCCUUCCCGUCGCGCUAGCGUCACUGUUAUUGGUACUACAACACAUAGUGCACCAUCCACUGUUACUACCUGGCUUUUAUCUCUUUGUUUUUUGCUUGUUUUACUUCAUUGUUGCCCUUGUGCCCACAUUAUCAUUGGAACUUUUGAGAGAGCAAGGAUGGGUUUUCCAGGUCCCUUCAACGAGGGAGCGUUGGUUCGAUUUCUACAAACUAUACAAUCCUGAAAACAUCGAUUGGGGUUUAGUGCACAAGCAGAUUCCAACAAUGCUUGCACUAACAUUUUUCGGAAUCCUUCACGUCCCCAUUAAUGUACCUGCAUUAGCUAUAUCUUGUAAUGUUGACAAGUACGACAUAGACAGAGAAUUAUCUGCGCACGGUUACUCAAAUCUCUUCAGUGGUCUUCUUGGAUCUGUUCCAAACUAUUUGGUUUACACAAACAGUGUUUUAUUUAUCCGUGCUGGUGCAAACAAUGCAUUACCAGGCCUAUUGUUAGCAGUAGCAACGGUUUUUGUCAUGGUUGCUGGACCAGAUAGCAUUUCCUUUGUCCCAAUUCCAAUAGUUGGAUCGUUGAUAUUUUUACUUGGAUAUGAGUUGCUCAAAGAGGUGUUCUAUGAUACUAGAGGGAAGCUGAGCAGAUUCGAGUAUAUCACUAUUGUGAUCAUAGUCGUCAAUAUGGGUGUUUUCGAUUUCGUUAUUGGCAUUAUUGUAGGUAUUUUGAUUGCAUGUUUUUCCUAUUUGAUUGAUAGUUCUAAACUUCAAACUGUCAACGGAGUUUUCGAUGGGAAAGUUGCAAAAUCUACUGUCUACAGGGAUUAUUUGCAGACCAAAUUCCUAGACAAGAUUGGAGAACAAAUAUACGUCCUGAAAUUGCAGAAUAUAUUGUUCUUUGGAACGAUUGUAUUCAUUGAAAAACGUAUUGAACAGUUAUUCGAUGGAGGAUCAGAAAGAAAGAGAAUUAGGUACUUUAUCUUGGACUUUAAAAACAUCAGAGCGGACCAUAUUGAUUAUUCUGCCGCGGAAGGAUUUAAUAGAAUCAAAAGGGCCAUGGAAAUGAGGUGCAUUACACUAAUCAUUUCCUCUAUUACUGAACAUGAUUGCAUAUACAAGGCAUUCAACAAGGUUGGUCUAUUAGAUGGCGUGGAGCUAUUUUCAGAUUUAAAUUCCGCAUUGGAGUGGUGUGAGAAUGAAUAUUUGGUACGUUACAAAGAACUAUUGGAUCGCAGUCGCUAUAUGAAACUGAAACGCAGGGAAGGUCAGAUUAAAAAUGAGAUAUACCAUUACCCACCACAAACUAACACACCAAGGAAGUCGCAACUGAUUAAUGUAGCUCAAAAUAUGUUACAGGAUGAACGCAAGGCUUCCCAAAUCACGUCGCUUUAUAAGACCAAGCAACCUUUCCUACCUAUUUUGCUCUUAGCGUUGAAGACAUUCAGGCCAAAAGUUCUCUCGAAUGAUAAACACGAGAUAAUACUUUGGAAACAGCUCUGCCCGUACUUCAAACCAACACGUUUAGCUCCUUCUGCCCCGAUUUCAACCAGAGGUAAUUCUUUCUUUGUCUUGGAGAGCGGCGUUGUAAAAGUCCUCUAUCAGCUACCACACGGUAGCAUUUAUGAGUCCCUUUCAGGAAAUACAUGUUAUCCUUUGAAUGAUGAGGUACCUGGAGCUAUGAUUUCUAAAAUUCAUGCUGAGACCGACUGUUUGGUAUGGGUAAUAGACUCGGCAUCAUUACAAAGGCUAAAAACAGACAACCUUAAAGUAUACACAGAGCUUCAAACCGUUUCAAUGGCGGUAAUGCAGUACAGGUUUAGAAGUAUAUUGGGGUAUGCUCUAAUUAGUAGCUGA